AUGGGUAGUGUCUUGGAUAAAAACUCCUCGCUGGUGAGAAAACGGGUCGAAAAUCAUACCUUCGCCGACGAGGACGGUGAAGAGUACGAGGCCAGCAAGUUCCACGGCUUCGGAGACUACUUUCGGCGAAAGAAGACCAAACUCCAAAACCUCGACGCUGAGACGCGCGCUGCGUCCGACAAACCCUCGAUCUUCAAGGGCAUCGUCGCCCAUGUCACCGGCUACACGCAGCCUCCCCUUCACAUACUCCAUCGCGAAAUCGCCCAACAUGGAGGCGGCUUCCUCCAAUACCUCGACUCGAAAACCAUGGCUACGCACAUCAUUGCGUCGACGCUGCCUCCAAAGAAGACGGUUGACUUUAGUCGGUACAGGAUCGUCAAGCCCGCGUGGAUCAUGGAUUCGGUGCAGGCCGGAAAGCUGCUGCCGUGGACCGACUAUCGGGUUCUGGACGAGGGCCCGAGGCAGAAAGUGUUGAAGCUCGAUGGCGGCAAGACCCUCACGCAGACUAGCCCACAGGCAAGACGGGGAUACAGAGAACAGACUGACAGCAGCUUCUAUACGAGCCAGAUCAAGGCGCAAACAUCCACGUUUCCCAGCCAAGUUGAUUCACCAAAAGCUCCGGGAGCUGACAGCACAGCUGACGAACCCGCUGAGCCGCCUGUGGAUUCCAGGCUCGACACUCCGGCGAUUGAUGCAGUUUCCGAUGGAGACCCCCCCAACAACAUGACAUCUGAGCAACACAACUCGUGGCUGCUGUCGGAUCCGCGCUUGCGAAAGUCGUCGACGGCAAACCCCGAUUUUCUCAAGCAAUACUACUCGGAAAGCCGACUGCACCAUCUUUCGACAUGGAAGGCCAGCUUAAAGGCGUCGAUGCAACGGCUGGCGGCCGACAAGGGCCUCUCUCAGAAGAAACCUAGGAAACGACCCGGGGCGAGAAGAUAUGUCAUGCAUGUCGACUUUGACAGCUUCUUCUGCGCCGUCUCCCUGAAGCGCCACCCAGAAUUUGUGGACAAGCCGUCGGUCGUGGCGCAUGGAUCGGGCCCUGGAUCCGAGAUUGCGAGCUGCAAUUAUCCUGCGCGCAAAUUUGGCGUCAAGAAUGGCAUGUGGAUGAAGCGCGCCCUGGAGCUGUGCGCUGAUCUCAAAGUCUUGCCUUAUGACUUUCCCGCGUACGAGGAGGCCAGCCGGCUGUUCUACGAGUCUAUCCUGUCCGUGGGCGGGGUUGUCCAAAGCGUAAGCGUGGACGAAGCCUUGAUUGACGCAACCGCCGUCGUCUUGUCCAUGUCGGGUUCCCAGGGUGUGGGGAUCGAUGAGGGUAGCGUCUGGCGAGAGCAGGAAAAGGCGGAUGAGAUCGCGCGUACCCUGCGAGAGCAAAUCAAGGCAAAGACAGGCUGUGCGGUGUCCAUCGGCAUUGGCGGCAACAUUCUCCAAGCCAAGAUUGCUUUGAGGAAAGGCAAACCAGCAGGUCAGUUUCAGCUGAAGCCCGAAGACGUCCUCGACGUUAUUGGGGGCUUGAAAGUCGAGGAACUGCCGGGCGUGUCUUACAGCAUUGGCGGGAAGCUGGAGGAACUGGGCAUCAAAUAUGUCAAGGAUAUCCGAGACCUAUCGAGAGAACGCCUCGCAUCGGCCCUUGGGCCCAAGACUGGUGAGAAGCUCGCAGACUAUUCUCGAGGAAUCGACGGCACCGAGGUCGGGGAGCAACCGCCUCGAAAGUCAGUGUCGGCAGAGGUCAACUGGGGCAUCCGCUUCCUCAACCAGCAGGAAGCCGAGGAGUUUGUCUACAACCUGUGCAAAGAGCUGGAAAAGCGGUUGUUGGGCGAGCAGGUCAAAGGGAAGCACCUCACCAUGAAGAUCAUGAGGAGAUCCCUCGACGCACCGCUCGACCCUGCCAAGCACCUGGGGCACGGCAAAUGCGACACCUUCAACAAGAGUGCGGCAUUCGGGGUUGCCACGCACAACUACGAGAUCAUUGGCAAGGAAGCCGUCUCCAUCCUACGGUCGUACAAGUUCAGCCCGGGAGACUUGCGAGGCCUCGGGGUUCAGAUGACCAAGCUUGAACCCAUCAAGGCAAAUCCUAGCGCACCAGAAGGGAGCCAGCGAGUCUUGCCGUUUGCUGCCUUUGCAGGGCCAUCGUCGGCGAAGAAGCAAUCCAGCAGGGCCGAGCCGAUUGACGAUGUCGAGAGCCCGCAGAAACAGAGGAGCUCCGAAAGCCGCGACAUCGGCAAGGAUCCCAUCGCCGAGGACCCUAUAACGCCUCGAAAGCCCAAGUUUCAUCCGGCAAUGGCCUUGUCGAGAGCCGCGGAAGGGGACGCAAAGGCCAACACGCCGCUGAACGUGUCGGGUACCCAGUUCAUCGUUCCCAGCAAUGCGGAUCCCGCUGUCCUCGCAGAGCUGCCGUACGACAUACGGAGCAGGCUCAUGGCCCAGCCGCCAAAGGCUAGCCCCGCGAGGCGGGAACCGCGGUCCGAGAGCCCCUUUUCUGCCGAAGAGCUUCCCUCUCAGGUCGACGCCGAGGUGUUUCGCGCCCUACCGGAGGACAUGAAAGCCGAGGUCCUGGCAACAUACGGUCGAAAGCCAGCACAGCCGCCGCCACGGCAGUCUCCGCGAAAGAACCAGGCCGGGCCGUCAAAAAAGCAGACAACCCCGACAAAGCGAGGCGGAAUACGAGGAUUGGUCGGCAAGGCCCAGCGCCAAAGAGACGCGCGGGCGGGCGUGGUGCAAACAAACUUCAGGCCAGUUAAGCGUGGCGACGAGACGCCCGUGGACGAGGAAAUUGAUGACCUGGAUCCCGAAUUCCUGGCCGAACUACCCGAAGACGUGCGGAAGGAAGUUGUCGCCGACCACCGGCGCCGACGGCUUGCUCGUCGGUCGGGACUGGACGCCCCGGGUCGGAGGCCUCGCACUCCCGAGGCCGACGGUGCUCUCCCCGGAGGACAGAGGCGGAUUGAGUUCCCGGCACCACCGCCCCAGAUUCCGUUUGCCAGCUUCGGCGUCACGUCGACUCGAGAGGUCAAGGAUAUGCUCGGCACCUGGCACAGCGAGACUCAGCAGGAGGGUCCGCAUCGCGGGGACGUCGAGGUUUUUGAGAAGUAUCUGGCUCAGGUGGUGAUUGAUGAAGGGGACUUGGAGAAGGCGGCGGUGCUGGUCAGGUGGUUGAGCUUGUUGGUGGAACAAGACGGGGAGAGCAUGGCUGGGCGAGAGUCGUGGCGAAGGGCCAUGGGUCAGGUGAAGGAUGCUGUGCAAGAAGCUGUCAAGCACCGGGGGCUGGCGCCUUUGAAUAUUUAG